UUCCAAUAGACUUCUAUCGAAAACCCAUGUUCACAUGUUCUACCUUAGAAAUAAUCCUCACAGCCGAUUUUCCCCAUACGUUCAUGACGCGUGUAAUUUCUAAAACCGGCGUGGUUCUGCGAAUUAAGCAAGUCCCUCUGAACUGCAUUUCUGGGCUAAAUCCGUGACCAAGCCCGCGGAAACUGGUCGCGUGUAUUCGAGGGGUGCGUUCUCUUUGGCAAUGAAAAGGAUCGAUGCGGUCUCCGUGGUAACGGCACCGUCAGAGAGGUCGGAACUACGGAUGGUGGUGGACAGAGAGCAUCGAGUACGCAACUGAUGCAGUAACGACACCACCGACGUCCAAGACACUCGUUUCUAGAGGUUGAUCUGUGCCCCGCGCGCGGCUCCGUGCUUCUAACAUUCCUCACGAGCACUUCGUUUGCACGACGUUGCUUCGAGACGACGAGCAUCAUGCGGAGGCGGCAGAUCCUCCGCUCCAGGAUAUUAGCAACGCGAAAGUAUUUUAUCGCCAGGACAACGAUCAGAGAAGAAUGCACGAGGAGCCAUCGCAAGAAGAGAAACCGAAGGUUCGCCUUCUGCGACGAUGGAGCGACAUGCCUCAACACUUGCAAUUCAAUCCCCAUAUCCGCACUGGUUACAGACCGCUCAUGACCGUCGGACAGUGUCUUCGCAGUCUCUUUUAUAUACACAAUGAGACUGUUAAUAUCAUAACACAUGGAUUUGCCAUCCUAUACAUGUUAUUGACCAUUCCGCAACUUCUCCCAUGGAAUACCAAAGGUAUCCUCAUAGCAGUUUUAUCUUGGUGUCAUUUAAUCGGUGCCACUAGUCCGUGGAUCGGGUCUUUUAUUUACCACCUCUUUAUGAAUUUGAACUACGACGAGAUCUUCUACCGAACGCUAUUAAAAUUAGACAUGAUCGGUAUAUGGCUGUGUCAAAGCUUUGGGGCAAUACCUAUGAUGGCUGCAACAAUCCACUGUUUGCCUGAUAUUUAUUGGUACUUCUGUAUGUUCAUCUACUGCUUCUUUUGCAUUUGGGGUCUUCUUAAGGCGAUGAACGCGCGAUCUCCUUGGGAGAGAAGAUUAUGUUUCGCACCCCUUUUUCUCAUGAGAAUGCUGAUGAUGACUCUGCGAUACUUAGGUAUCGGCGGUGGUUCUCCAGACGCUUUACUUCACAUUGUACUACAGGAUCUUGUAGCGGUUGUGGGAGCAAUAAUAGGCGCCUUGCGUAUUCCUGAGAAAUGGAUACCAGGCAAACUGGAUCUAAUGUUGAAUUCUCAUAAUUUAAUGCACGUGCUGGUUGUCCUGGCGAUUUGUUCGAUGCACGCUGCGACUCUGCAAGAUCUUGCUUGGAUCUCCGACUCGUCCGCGUGUAAUAAAACGAUCCUCGAUCAGUUGAAACACGAUGAACUGUGAUCGAAUGGUGUGGGUGAAAAUCUUCUAAUGAAGUCUGUGAUAAAUCGAGCCUACGCCAACCGUCGGUUACUUUGUGUGUAGGUACACACUCUGUUUAAUCGACGGCCACUUUUUAAGUAAAGAAACCAAAGAAAGAAAUAAGUAUACGUACCAAAAUUUAAUACAUAUAAAAAAAAAGCCAAUAUAACGAGAAGAGAGCACGUGGAAUAGUUGAAGUACAAGUACGAGUACAAAAGUUAAUUUGUCAUAUCACAGAGAAUAAGAUAAAUGGUGAAAUAUUUAUUUUCAUCGUUAAUUCGAAUAUCAGGAGUAAUUCCAUUUUUUUCGAGUAAAAUAAUUCAACUCGAAUAAGCACAUCAAAAAUACGUUUAUUGUUGUGAUUAUAAGAAUUUAAAAUCCGCAAUAAUUUAUGUGUUCCCGGACAUUCGUUCCUUUAAUUAGACACACAUCGUUUCUCAAUGUCGAUACCACUCGUGUAAACGAAUAAAACUAUCCCAAAAUAUCGAUUGGAAUUUAUUUAAUUCCAUAGGGGUUUCAAUUAUUCAUACGUAAAUUCAUCGCCCAUAAAGAGGUAUCGGGAACGAAGAAUGCACAAUCCGUUCAUUUACAUUUGAAAUACAGGCAUAGAUUAACCUGCUAUCCACAGUCGAUAGAUCUUACAAUUAGAAAGUAAAUGGUAUAAAUUUAAUUAAUAUACGUAUAUCAAUCGUGUUUUCGUUUCUUUCACGUACUUUGAUUGCGUGUAUACGUUUAUGAUAAAGUUCUAUAUGAAAUUCGCAUAGAGCAGAGCCGCAAGAAUGUCUCGAAGAAUGAAAUAUUUUAUCUGAAGAGGAAAUUUAUCAAUAGAUAGUACGCGUGCUAAAUAAAUAUAUUUUUAGUAUACCAUAUCGCGUAUGAACGUGUCCUUGCGGAUCUGAUCGUUGGUAUAAAUUGCAUGCUGCAGUAGCUUAUAGUCUGAUCGAAAUUAAUUAUCGAUAUAUGUAUGUAUUGCGUUAAAAUUAUUUAUCUCCGACGUUAUUUUCAUUGAAAAUUUCAUAAUUAAUAAAUAAAUAAAAAAGUGA